CUAUUAAGUUCCAUGCCUUCCCCAAUAAACGACUGAUGAUCGGUGGCGCGGAACCAUCCCUAACUUCGUUGAUGAGUGAUAAAGACUGCUUGCAUCUGAUAUGGCCACAUCGUUGGGAGCACGACAAAAAUCCAAAACUGCUGGUAGAAGUGUUAUUGGAACUUAACAAGCGACAGGUCGACUUCAAAGUGACGAUAUGUGGUGAGAAUUAUCAGGCGGCACCAGAGUCCUUCGAUGGUCUGCAAGACAAACUGGGGGCAAAGCUGAUAAACUUCGGAUUCUUGCCACGAGAUAAGUACAUUAAGACGUUAUUGUCCGGCGAUGUAGUAAUCUCGACGGCAGGACAUGAGUUCUACGGUGUAGCUAUGUACGUGGCGUGCAAGAUACAUAUGUNAUACUCAGCUCAACAUUUAGUGCCUAAAUUCCUCGAGAAGCUGCGCAUUUAA